AUAAUAAUAAUAUAUAACCAUAGGAGAUUAUUUUUGUUCCGCUACAGCAUUCGUUUGUAUUACUUAGCAGAACAUGGCUAACAGGCAACUGCGAAGUGAAGUUUUGAAACGCGCCCUGAAGGCAUGCAUCGUCCAACCGGUAAUAAGAAAAUAUCAGGUAGUAGCCGUUCGUGCGAUGUGGGGAAGUGAUGUUGAUGCCCGCGAGGUCAUUUGGGGCAAGAGAAUGCAGAUGGAGAACAUAUUGCUUAGCAACGAACAAGUAUCCUGUUUUUUUUCUUGUAUUACCUAUAUGGCCAGACCUCGUAAGAGAAAGUCGAUGAGGAAUGAAGGGGAGGAAGAAGAAGGAGCCGACUCUAGCAGUGAAGGUGAUAACAGAAACGGCGCAAAUGCGCCUGAAACAUUUCCUGGCAUUUCUUUCUGGAUCGCGUGCGACUUGCCAAACUGUACCUUAAGUCAAUUUGAAACAAAUUUGUCGAAGUCUUUUAUGCAAGCCGGGUUGAAUUUAACAACGUGCAAUGCUAUACAGACAAGAGGUAAAUACUUGAACCUUUUAGUACUUGAAAUACUGUCAAUGUUUUUCGAAUAUUUUACGCCACAUUUGAUAUUUGUAGGCAAAACCAGUGCAUUGCAAGCAUUCUCAGGAUCGUUAUACCAAGUCUUGAAAGACCACAAUAGGGAAGAAGCAAAACGGAUAGUUGAGAUAUCCCAUCGCACAAUGAUUAGGAGUGCAGCUAGAGAUGAAGGUGUUCAACUUGACCACGUUGCUGUAAUGGAAAGCGAACAGUACUCGAUGAAACCCUGUCAGUUAAUUCUAACAAAAAAUAUUGAUAAAGAGGUAUAUCAAGAUGUAAUUCGUGGUUUAUCCGAAAUCAGAUUUACAUCGCUUGAUUUAAAAGUAAUUGAUAAAUCGGAAGGCACAGAAGUAACUAUUCCCGUUAAGCCAACUAACAAACUUUGUCAAUCCGUGGAUAUAGUUCGAAGGAUGAUGGAGAGGAAUAGCUUUGGACUGUGCAAUGGAGGUGUAUACAAAAAAAUAGGAGAAAGCAGAUACACAUACGUUUACUGUUGUUCGGUGAAAAGCUAUCUCUAUCGCUCGUUGAAAAACAAAGCAAUCGCCAACGAAAUUACGCCAAAUUUACGAGAGUUGGUAUUUUUGCUGUCGGACGGCGAGUGUCAAAUAAUUGAUCAAAUAACUCUGGAUUACAAUUACAUUGAAUGCUUGCCAAAUGGAGUUUGUUAUAACAUCGCCAAAAAAUGUUUCGAUGUCAAGCCAAAUUUAAAGGGAUCUCCCCGAGCAUUCGUACGGUACUUUCAUCGUGAGGGAAAAAAUCCCGAACCAAAGCCAUUUAUAGAAGGUAAUUGUUUUUACUUUUCUUUUAACGCGUUAAGAAAAUGUGUUUUUUUUCUUUUAACGCGUUGUAACAUAUCAAGGUGGUAGUUGUAACGUGUUGUAACGUAUUGUAACUUGUUGUAACGCAUUUUCAGUGAAAAAAAUGUUUUUUUUUAUCUUUUAACGCGUUGUAACAUAUCAAGGUGGUAGUUGUAACGUGUUGUAACGUAUUGUAACUUGUUGUAACGCAUUGUCAGUGAAGAAAAUGUUUUUUUUUUAUCUUUUAACGCGUUGUAACAUAUCAAGGUGGUAGUUGUAACGUGUUGUAACGUAUUGUAACUUGUUGUAACGCAUUGUCAGUGAAAAAAAUGUUUUUUUUCAUCUUUUAACGCGUUGUAACAUAUCAAGGUGGUAGUUGUAACGUGUUGUAACGUAUUGUAACUUGUUGUAACGCAUUGUCAGUGAAAAAAAUGUUUUUUUUCAUCUUUUAACGCGUUGUAACAUAUCAAGGUGGUAGUUGUAACGUGUUGUAACGUAUUGUAACUUGUAACGCAUUGUCAGUGAAGAAAAUGUUUUUUUUUAUCUUUUAACGCGUUGUAACAUAUCAAGGUGGUAGUUGUAACGUGUUGUAACGUAUUGUAACUUGUUGUAACGCAUUGUCAGUGAAGAAAAUGUUUUUUUUUAUCUUUUAACGCGUUGUAACAUAUCAAGGUGGUAGUUGUAACGUGUUGUAACGUAUUGUAACUUGUUGUAACGCAUUGUCAGUGAAGAAAAUGUUUUUAUCUUUUAACGCGUUGUAACAUAUCAAGGUGGUAGUUGUAACGUGUUGUAACGUAUUGUAACUUGUUAUAACGCAUUGUCAGUGAAGAAAAUGUGUUUUUUUUCUUUUAACGCGUUGUAACAUAUCAAGGUGGUAGUUGUAACGUGAUGUAACGUAUUGUAUCUUGUUGUAACGCAUUGUCAGUGAAGAAAAUGUUUUUAUCUUUUAACGCGUUGUAACAUAUCAAGGUGGUAGUUGUAACGUGUUGUAACGUAUUGUAUCUUGUUGUAACGCAUUGUCAGUGAAGAAAAUGUUUUUUUUUUUCUUUUAACGCGUUGUAACAUAUCAAGGUGGUAGUUGUAACGUGAUGUAACGUAUUGUAACUUGUUGUAACGCAUUUUCAGUGAAAAUGUUGGCUCUUUUUCUUUUAACGUGUUGUAACGUAUUGUAACUUGUUGUAACGUAGUUCUAAAAAAGGUGCACUGAACUACAUUUGUAGGUGUCGAAAAUAGCUUCCCAGAUAGAAAUGUGCGGUUGCGUUUUUAUCAAAAAUGGUACCAAAUUUUGCUCGCCGGUCAGUAUCCCAUGAAAGAAAAGAAAUUGUUGCUGGUAGGUCCUCCUGAUAGUGGAAAGACUAGUUGGUUUGCUCCAUUUCAAGGUAAUUAAAUAAAGUUCGUGAAAACUUCUGACUUUUAGACGGCACUUACUGACAUACAUUUGUCCUUUUAGGCAUUAUUCCAGAAAUGUACAUUGCUGGCGUGGUUCGGGAUGGUCGAUUCUCAGGCCACCUGAUAAAUAGAAAUACACAAGUCGUAUUUAUGGAUGAAUGGACUAGCGACAGUCUAUGUUGUGAAGAUGCAAAAAGAAUAUUGCAAGGUAAGUCGAUGUCGAUGCAGUACAUGAACAUUUACUUUGAAUAAAAUGUGGCAAUGUGCAGAUGGGAUACCACUUUCUCUUAUAGGCGGCUUGGUUAUGAUCCCGCAAAAACACAAAGAACCGGCCCGUUUUCAAUACAAUUCGGGUUUUUUUAUAACAACUAAUAUAAUGCCGGACUUCGGAAAUGGUGUAGAUGGUGAGGCUAUCCUGCGUCGUCUUGAAGUUUUCGAAACUAAGACACUUCGAGUGAAGGACAAUAGCAUAACAAGUAAGUAUCUCAUGAGAAUAAAUGAUAACAAUGGUGUAAAUCAAUAUGCAUAAAAAUAAGUAAUGACUUUUUUCCCGUAGAGUGGAUGAGAAUGCACUGCAUGGAAGUAUUUGUGUACGUUGCCAGCCAGUUGAAAGACAUCUCGCUUUUCACCAGCGAAACCAAUGUUGCGAAGAAAAAUCAAGUAGGCGCUGUGUACAACGACGUUGAUUGCGAUCCGUCGGUCUUCUUGGACGAAGA